AUGAAGAAGUCAUCCAGCAAUGAGACCCAGACUCUUACUUCUAAGAAAGAGCUCUUGGACUGUACGGAAGGUGAAGAUUGCCAAGAGAAUGGACUCCUGGUCAAGAACCCUAAAUCCGCCCUGCAGCUGGUGGAGGAUGGGAAUAAGGUCCACCCCAGCCAGGGAGAUAAAGGGGAAGCAGGUCAGAUCUCCAAUGGCUACUCAGUGGUUCAGAGCCCAGUUACUUGCAAAGGAAUAGGAGAUGGGGAAGAUGUCCAGUGCACGGCCCCAGCAGCCACCACUACCACCACCACCACCACUUCCACCACUUGUGGGGUGGAGGCUCAACCACAGCUGCUGGAGCUGGAGGAAAGAGAGACCUGGAGUAAAAAAAUGGACUUUCUUCUCUCUGUCAUUGGCUAUGCAGUGGAUCUGGGCAAUGUAUGGCGAUUUCCCUAUAUAUGCUACCAAAAUGGAGGAGGAGCGUUUCUCAUCCCGUACACCAUCAUGGCCAUCUUUGGAGGCAUCCCCCUCUUUUACAUGGAGCUAGCACUGGGACAGUACCACAGGAAUGGGUGUAUCUCAAUUUGGAGGAAAAUUUGUCCUAUUUUCAAAGGAAUUGGCUUUACUAUCUGCAUAAUAGCUUUCUACAUAGCCUCUUACUACAAUACCAUCAUGGCUUGGGCCCUCUACUACCUCAUUUCAUCCUUCACGUCAGAACUGCCAUGGACCAGCUGCAAAAAUGCUUGGAACACCGUCAACUGCACCAACUACUUCACCAAUGCCAGCAUUACCUGGACCCCACACUCCAUCUCCCCUGCAGAAGAAUUUUAUACCCGCCACAUUCUACAGGUGCAAAGAUCCAAAGGGCUGGAUGAUCUGGGAGGCAUUAGCUGGCAACUGACACUCUGCUUAUUGUUGAUAUUCACUAUUGUGUACUUCAGCAUCUGGAAAGGGGUCAAAACAUCUGGCAAGGUGGUGUGGGUGACUGCCACGUUCCCUUACAUCAUACUCUUUAUCCUGUUAAUACGAGGGGCCACACUGCCUGGAGCCUGGAGGGGGGUUGUCUUCUACCUGAAGCCUGACUGGCAGAAACUCCUGGCCACUGAGGUCUGGGUGGAUGCUGCAGCUCAGAUUUUCUUCUCUCUUGGUCCAGGUUUUGGGGUCCUACUAGCUUUUGCCAGCUACAACAAAUUCCACAACAACUGCUACCAGGAUGCAUUGGUUACCAGUACGGUGAACUGCAUGACUAGUUUUGUGUCUGGAUUUGUCAUUUUCACUGUGCUUGGAUAUAUGGCUGAAAUGAGGAAUGAAGAGGUGUCGGAGGUUGCUAAAGAUACUGGGCCCAGCCUUCUCUUCAUUACCUACGCAGAGGCCAUUGCAAACAUGCCGGCUUCGACUUUUUUUGCUAUCAUAUUUUUCUUGAUGUUACUCACUCUGGGAUUAGACAGCACGUUUGCAGGGCUGGAGGGGGUGAUCACUGCGGUGCUGGAUGAAUUCCCACAUGUUUGGGGAAAGCGCAGGGAAUGGUUUGUCCUUGGUCUGAUCAUCGCUUGCUUCCUGGGGUCAUUAACAACCCUGACAUUUGGUGGUGCAUACGUAGUGAAGCUGUUUGAAGAAUAUGCUACAGGCCCUGCUGUCCUAACGGUGGUGUUUCUAGAAUCCAUUGCGGUGGCCUGGUUCUAUGGCAUCAACCAGUUUUGCAGUGACAUGAAGGAAAUGCUGGGCUUCACUCCAGGCUGGUACUGGCGACUCUGCUGGGUAGCAAUCAGCCCCAUCUUCCUUUUGUUCAUCAUUUGCAGUUUUAUGUCCAGCCCUCCUGAUCUACGGCUUUUUGACUAUAACUAUCCCUACUGGACCACUAUAGUGGGUUACUGCAUAGGAACCUCCUCUGUUAUCUGCAUUCCAAUCUACAUGGCUUAUCGGUUGAUAAUCACCCCAGGAACACUUAAAGAGCGUAUUCUAAAAAGCAUUACCCCGGAGACAGCCACAGAAAUUCCCUUUGGGGACAUCCGCAUGAAUGCAGUUUAG